AUGUCUGAAUGUCAUACGGGCACUGGUGAUGUAUUUGUGGGCAAACUCUUCCGCUGGGAUCCAAAGACGGAAGAACGCAUCGAGCCAUUGGUCAUUGACAGCGGCGACGAAAUCUUCAUCGGACGAGACACAUCAACAUGCCAUAGGUUUGUAUCAAACAAGCAUGUGCGGAUCUAUACCGUCAUUUACGAUGAGUAUUCGUCCGAUACUGUGGCCCCGCUUGUUUAUGCUCAGGACAUAUCAACUAACGGAACUCGCUGGAACGGCUACGCGAUGCAAGGGAAGAGUUUCCUCCUGAGCGAUGGUGAUAUCCUAACGAUCGUGCCUGAGUUUCAGCUUCUGUUUGAAUCUGCCGCGAACCCGCAGAAGAACUUUACUGAAUGGCAAAAAGCUGAGAUGAAGGUCAUUUCUUCCAUGUUUCUUUGA